AUGUGCGCACGCUGUGCCAGCAGACAGUUUCAGCUCUCAACAACUGAUGCACAGACAGCUGCUGUUUCUCCCUUCCCCUGCUCCCCAAACUAUUCUCCUUCUUCCGUUUCUUCCCUACACUGCCUCCAUUCAUCCCCCCUGUACUUUUCCCUUCCUUCCCUCUACUCUGUCAUUCUGCCCUGCACUUUUCCUCAGGCGGAUAUAAAGGCAGGUCCCGUUGGAGGGAGAGGGCUUGUGUAAUCUCUGGCUGCACAUGAGCACCGGGGAGUUUUUGCUUCAGCUGGAAAGGCACCACGAACACGUAAAGGACAAACUUUGGAAUAAGGAGAGGAAGAAGGAUUACCUCUGAGAAAGGAAGGGAGGAGAAGGGAGGGAGUCGCAGAAAGAGUUUGGAGUUGGGGAGCAGGACACAGACCAUGCCGGGAUCUGUGGUGCUGCUGCUGUCCCUGUUGGUCCUGUCCACAGGAAGUGAUGCCAGGAGAAUCAGGAAAAGAGGACUCAACCAUAAGGACUAUGAGUACCCCAACCACCCCCAGUCCACACAGCACCAGAAGAAUGACCGGUGUCCACCGCCACCCCAGAUGCUGCCAGAAAGAGCCUGUGAGGUGCCGGGCUGCCGCUCAGACUCAGAGUGUGAGCGCCAUAAACGCUGCUGCUACAAUGGAUGCAUCUACGCCUGCCUGGAGUCUGUCCAGCCUCCACCAGUGUUGGACUGGCUGGUGCAGCCCAAGCCUCGGUGGUUGGGGGGCAAUGGCUGGCUAUUAGAUGGCCCUGAGGAGGUCCUGCAGGCUGAGGCCUGCAGCACAACUGAGGACGGAGACGAGCCUCUUCACUGUCCUACAGGCUACGAGUGCCACAUCAUCAACCCAGGAAACCCUGCCGCUGGCAUCCCUAACCGGGGACAGUGCAUCAAGCAACGUGGCAACUCCGAUGGACGUGGUCUGAGGCACAAAUACUUCAAGGACUACAAGGACUACUUAGGUACCAGUUCAAACAAUGCAGUGGGCUACGAAAAACAUCAUCACAAGCACCUGGGAUGAAAUCAACCUGACCUCAGCCUCAGCUACGACCAUAACACAACCUCAGACAUCAGCCCGGUCCUGUUUGAUCUGCUCUCAUCACAUCUGAACCAGGAUCAGAUCUGACCUUUUUUUUAUUACCAGACCUACAGCUGCUACCUCCUCUUUGCAAAGCCCUGUCCUCAGCCACGAAGUCCUUUGGGAGACAAGUCUGACAUACCUACAGAACACAGCCAAAGAAAUAAUUGCUUUUAUUUUUUGUCUCUGUCUGGUGUCUGUGAGAGGACGGGGGAUUGGGUGUUAAUGGUGAAACAGAGGAGAGGAGAGCAGGGUGUGCACCAAAGUUUUUUUCAUUUCUUUACAACACUCUCCCUCCUACGGCUCAUUCUUAUUCUCACACACACUCUCUCUCUAACCUUAAGGCUGGUCAGCUGAGAAAUUGAGACCAUGUGGCUGCGUUACUCAUUCUGUCUCUCUCCUUCUCAGAAGGACGGUGCUUGAAUUUCCUGAUCCGAAAUCUGGAAAGUUUUAUAGACAAAUUGCAAGACUUCCAGCUGCAGUGGUUCUCAUCGUUGAAUCAUAUCCAAAGGUGGUUUCAAAUUCAAACUCUAAUAAACAAACGAAUGCCAUAUAAGGGUGUGAAUUGUGCAACAGCUGUAGAUUAGUUCCAGCCAACAGAUGCGGACCGUGACUUUAUUGGUAUGAAAAACAAAAGAAAAUAAGAUAACAUUGUUUACUGAAGAGGUUAAUUUAAGAGAGAUUUAAAGGGAUAUUCCACCUGUACAGGAGGAAACUAUUAACAACUUUUAAACUUUAAAAUUUUGAUGCUUAAAGGACUGAUUUGGGUUGGAUUAUCCCUUUAAAGUUAACUCUGUUUAUAUUAUAUUAGAAUAAUAUCAUUAAUUUCCUGAAAUAAUUCAAUUUAAAAAGUCGUACAACAAAUACCUACCGCUGCGGUAUGAUUGCUCAAAUGUUUCAUAAUUUUCAAUGAUCAUACUUUCAAAAUAAAAGUCUGUUGCAGUGCUGACAUGAUAAUAAAAAGGGCUUUUUUCGCAGAGCAGAUAUUUAAAACUGGUCAAAACAUCUGUGUUUCUCUCAAACUCAACUUGCUUCAGUCAGCUGUUCGAACUGUUCGAGGUUGUCUCUGUUAUCAAUUCAAAUGGUGCUCAGUUUCAUUGCUGCCUAUAAUAACAGGAGAAUAAGCUGGUCACAUUAUAAGCUGCAGGUGUUAAACAACAAGUUGUAAUCAUUCUCUAUGUGCAGAGCUAAAGUGGUGUCUGUAUGUUGCUAUCUGACUGGUGCUGUAAUGUUGCCUUGUUUAAAUAAACCACAUUUGUUA